AGAAAUCUUUCUUUAACCUUUCUCCCCCCUUCAUCUAUACAGAUUGAAGUGGAUUUAACCAAUGACAUCAAUAAGGGAUCAUAGCUUUCACCUGGAUUCACCUGGUCAGUCUAUUUCAUGGAAAGAGCAUGUUUUGUAUCGUCAGUGCAUACAUUUGAGUGUAAAUGUGUGAAACAAAUGUAAUAUAUGCUUAUUUUGGGGAAUUAAAAACAAAAACGUGUGUUACAAAGUGUUAAUGAAAGAAAAUAUGUUACUGCUUGUGCUUGACAUAUUUUUAAAGAUAAAUAUAUGUUGGGGCUUUUAGGGUUAACUUUAAUGGAAACAGUCAUGUACCCUAAUAUACUGUACUUAUGUGUCAAACCUAUUGGGCUAUAACAUUCGGCCCUGAUGAAGGAUUACACAAUAAUAGUCUAUGUUAAGAAAAACAUGUAGCUAUUCCUGAACCAGAGCAUUUAUGUUCUCAUUACGCUGAAGGCAAUUAUCAACUGAAAAUAGGGGAGAGCGUGUGAUUGAGUCGGGUGGAGUUGCAAUGCGCGACCACUUCAAUUGCUCCACUCCGCGAGAGACUGUCACAGACCAGAAUGACCUCCCCUCGCUGCCAACCACAACAAUUUGUAUUCCCUUGAUUAUAUGUUGUGGACAUAAUGAAAAUAACGUCAAUGUGUGCAUAGAAAGAAAAGUGUUAAAGUUGUCAAGAGGAAGCGUUCUUCAGAGAAGAGUAUUCGUAAAAAAUCACAUUUACCAAGGCUGUGGGAGGGCUGACACUGCUGCGAGCAUGGCCUACACGCUUGGCACGGGGCCUGACUCUGGGCCAGCCAUGGGUCCCCAGAAUUGCGUCACUAGGGUGGAGCUGUCCGUGUGCUGUGGCAACCUGCUGGACAGAGACGUGGCCUCCAAGUCUGACCCCUUCUUAGUGCUCUUCCACGAGGUGGACAGCAACUGGGUUGAGAUUGGUCGAACAGAGACUGCGGUAAAUAACCUGAAUCCAGUGUUUGGGGUGAAAUUUAAGGUGGACUACCAUUUUGAGGAGGUCCAGAAGCUCAAGUUUGCCCUGUUUGAUGAGGACAAGUGCAGCAGCCAGCUGUAUGAGCAUGACUUCCUGGGAGAGUACAUCUGUACACUGGGGGUGAUUGUGUCCAAUAAGAAACUUCACCGGUCACUGACCUUGGCCAAUGGCAAGCCAGCUGGGAAAGGAACCAUCACAAUAACUGCGUUGGAGCUGUCAGACAAUAGAGUAAUCACACUGACCUUGUAUGGGAGAAAGCUUGACAAGAAGGAUUUCUUUGGUAAAUCAGACCCUUACCUAGAGUUCCACAAGCAAGGAGAUGAUGGGAAAUGGAUGUUGGUCCACAGGACAGAGGUGAUAAAGAACACUCUGGACCCGGUGUGGAAGCCCUUCACAGUACCACUCAUCUCCCUCUGUGAUGGGGACGUAGACAGGAGCAUCAAGGUACUGUGCUAUGAUUACGACAACGACGGAAGUCAUGACUUCAUUGGAGAGUUUCAGACCACUGUCACCAAGAUGAGUGAAGCCCAGAAUUCACUGGAGGUCGAAUUUGAAUGCAUUAAUCCGAAAAAACAGAAGAAGAAAAAGAGCUACAAAAACUCUGGAAUCAUCAUUCUGAAGUCAUGCAAGGUUGAAAGGGACUAUACCUUCCUGGACUAUAUUUUAGGUGGAUGCCAGAUCAUGUUCACUGUUGGCAUUGACUUCACAGCAUCUAAUGGGAACCCUCGGGAGCCCUCCUCUCUUCACUACAUCAAUCCUCUGGGCAGCAACGAGUACCUGUCCGCCAUCCUGGCUGUGGGCCAGAUCAUCCAGGACUAUGACACUGACAAAAUGUUUCCUGCUCUGGGAUUUGGGGCUCAACUCCCUCCAGACUGGAAGGUGUCUCAUGAAUUUGCCAUCAACUUUGACCCGACCAAUCCAUUCUGCCAAGGUGUAGAGGGGAUUGCCCAGGCCUACUCUGCCUGCCUGCCUCAUAUCCGCUUCUACGGCCCAACCAACUUCUCCCCCAUAAUCACCCAUGUGGCCCGCUUCGCCACCCAGGCCCUGCAACAGGAGACUGCUGCGCAAUACUUCACUCUGCUGAUCAUCACAGAUGGGGUGAUCAGUGACAUGGAUGAGACCCGCCACGCCAUUGUUCAGGCAGCCAAACUCCCCAUGUCAAUCAUCAUUAUUGGAGUGGGCAAUGCAGACUUUGCUGCCAUGGAGUUUCUGGAUGGGGACAGCAGCGUGUUACGCUCCUAUACAGGAGAGGAGGCAGUCAGAGACAUCGUGCAGUUUGUUCCCUUCAGGGACUUCCGAAAUGCUCCAAAGGAAACUUUAGCCAAAUCAGUAUUGGCUGAGCUGCCGCAACAGGUCACACAGUAUUUCAAACAGAGGAACCUGUCGCCUAGCAACACAGCAUUGGAGUGAAAGCCCAAGGCCUUGGUUAAUCAUGCAUGUUGCAAAUAUCUACUCACUGUUUACAAAAAACAAUGUGCAUGAAAAGUUCUUUUUCUUCAUAUGUAUUUAUCAGAUUUUUUUUUUUUUACAUUUUAAAGCAAGACUUUGUGGAUGAGGAAAAUGUGUCAAAGAACACUACUUUGCAGUCCCCUGAAAGGAAAGGAAAUUUUUGAAAUGUCUAUACUGUAUACUGAAUGUAAAUUUAUACAAUAUUCUAUGUUUUGAAAAGGAAAUGUUUAUGAAAAGUUCUUAUGUAUCUUUUAUGCAUUUGUUGUACUUGUACCUUGAAGGUGUUGUACUUGUACCUUGAAGGUGUUGUACUUGUAACUUGAAGGUGUUGUAAUUGAUUUUAUAAAGCUCACCAUGUAUUUAUGUUACCACUCAGGUAAAUAAACUUACAUAAAUGUCA